AGGCCAACAGCGUGGGGCGGCGGCGACGUCGACGACCGGGGCUGGGAGCACUGGCGGCCAGGGUCGCAGCCAUGGCCGAGUCUGUGGAGCGGCUGCAGCAGUGGGUCGAGGAGCCGGAGCGGGAACUGGCCCAGGAGAGAAGUCGCCGGGCCCUGGGGGGUGGCGAUGGAGGAGGCGGUCGGGCCUGCGUCGAAAAGAUGAGCCCCGAAGUGGUGGAUUCCAACCCCUACAGCCGCCUGAUGGCAUUGAAACGAAUGGGAAUUGUAAGCGACUAUGAGAAAAUCCGUACCUUUGCUGUAGCAAUAGUAGGUGUUGGUGGAGUUGGCAGCGUGACUGCUGAAAUGCUGACAAGAUGUGGCAUUGGUAAGUUGCUACUCUUCGACUAUGACAAGGUGGAACUGGCCAAUAUGAAUAGACUUUUCUUCCAACCUCAUCAAGCAGGAUUAAGUAAAGUUCAAGCAGCAGAACAUACUUUGAGGAACAUUAAUCCUGAUGUUCUUUUUGAAGUACACAACUACAAUAUAACCACAGUAGAAAACUUUGAACGUUUCAUGAAUAGAAUAAGUAAUGGUGGAUUAGAAGAAGGAAAACCUGUUGACCUAGUUCUUAGCUGUGUGGACAGUUUUGAAGCUCGAAUGACAAUAAAUACAGCUUGUAAUGAGCUUGGACAAACAUGGAUGGAGUCUGGGGUCAGUGAAAAUGCAGUUUCAGGGCAUAUACAGCUCAUAAUUCCUGGAGAAUCUGCUUGUUUUGUGUGUACUCCACCACUUGUAGUUGCUGCAAAUAUUGAUGAGAAGACGAAACGAGAAGGUGUUUGUGCAGCCAGUCUUCCUACCACUAUGGGAGUGGUUGCUGGGAUCUUGGUACAAAAUGUGUUAAAGUUUCUGGUAAAUUUUGGUACGGUUAGUUUUUACCUUGGAUACAAUGCAAUGCAGGAUUUUUUCCCUACUAUGUCCAUGAAGCCAAAUCCUCAGUGUGAUGACAGAAGUUGUAGGAAGCAACAGGAAGAAUAUAAGAAAAAGGUAGCAGCACUGCCCACACAGGAGGUUGUUCAAGAAGAGGAAGAGAUAAUACAUGACGACAAUGAGUGGGGUAUUCAGUUGGUACCUGAGGUUUCAGAAGAGGAACUGAGAAAUUCUUCAGGUCCAAUUCCUGACUUACCUGAAGGAAUUACAGUGGCAUAUACAGUUCCCCCAAAGCAAGAAGAUUCUGUACCUGAAGUAACAGUGGAAGAUUCUGGUGAAAGCUUGGAAGACCUCAUGGCCAAGAUGAAGAGCAUGUAAAUAAUGGACUGGGCUGUAUUUUAUUUCCUGUGUCUAAACCUGUUCCCUAGCAAUUAAAAAAAAAUCAUUUAAAACUGAGAAAACUUAGGGCAACAUCAGUUGAUGUAUAAUCUUCACUGAACUAUUAUAUUUUUAAAAAAUACUGUGACUAUUGCUUGUUACCCGCCCCCCCCCCACUUCAACUAAAUCAGAAACUCUCCUAAAACUCAUGUUUCAUUCUAGUAAGAAAACUUCAAAGGAUUAUUGCAGGCAGUUAUAAAUCUUAUUUAAAACUUAGCCAUUGAACUGUUUUGGCCUUUUGGGAGGGGUGGGAAGAAAGGACCGAUUUGAUUUGCCUGAGGCCAUGGACAACAGAAUAGUGUGUGGUCAAAUAUAGGGAAAGGACAAGAGGUACAACCUAUUGAUUCGAGCCAGCAGGCAUCUACUCAUUGUGUUUGGAAUUGCUCUCUACAGGAAAACUGCCCACGACUACUAACUUGAGCAAUAAUGAAUUUCAAAUAGUAAACCUGUAAAAUAAAAACAUCCUUUCAAAUGUUCCCUGAUGAAACACAAGCUGAAAUACAGUCAUUGGAAAAGUUUGUAAACCUCUGAAUUAUAUAUUCAAAACAAGACAGAGGCAAAUAAGAGGAAGCUUUCUUCAUGGAUAGACAGAUAAACAUAUUUUCAGGAUGUACAAAUUCUAUUUCUGCACUGAUUAAGAAAAAGCAUAUCGUCUGUGGAACGUAUAUCUGAGUCAGUGUGCUUU